UCGAGGGCGGAGCGCGCCGCGAUCUGCAGCCGCUGCUGGCGCGGCUGGCGACCGCCGCAGACCGGCCGUGCCACCUGCUCUGGGCCGACCCGGAGCGACAGGCCUGCCAAGUCCGGUUCCUCGCCGACAAGCAGCUACUGACAUCUAUCGUGGAGCAUGGCAAGCUGGAGGUCGAGAUGCAGCCGGCAGUGCAACUGGUGGCCGAGUCCGACCUGCCGCUGGAUCACGUGGUGAAGGACAUCACGCCGGAGAUGCUGUCCGAGGAGGACCCAGUGCGCGACACGGCGUCCGUGACGUCCGAGGCGAGUGCUCGCUCCGCGCAGCCCGGCCAGGCGGAGGUGGUCGGCCUGGCGUCGCACGCGCCGGCGCCUCCGCGGCUGACCAGCUCGCCGCGGCCGCCCGACCGCCGCCUGGCGGCCGUGUUCCCGGCGCGCGACGCGCCGUCCCCAUCGGCCGCUAGGGCGGAGCCACCGGCGCUGUCGCCGCUGGGACAGUUUGGCCAGGAGCAGGUGCUGGUCACGCACAUCCGCAGCCCGUCGCAGUUUUACGUGCAGCGCUGCGCCCAGGAGCCCCAGCUGCGCGAGCUGAUGCGUCGCGUGGCCCAGUGGUGCCGCGGUGCCGACAGCCAGCGCGGCAGGCACACGCCGCCGCCCGGAAAAAACGAGCCCUGCCUGGCCCAGUACGCGGGCGACAAGCUCUGGUACCGCGCGCGCGUCGUCGACGUGUACCCGCCGAGAGAGGGGCGCGGACCCUGCGAGUACGAGGUCUUCUACGUCGACUACGGUAACCAGGCGCGCGUGCUGGAGGAGCGGCUGCGGCCGAUGCCGUCGGCGCUGGGCCGCGAGUCGGACAUGGCCGUCGGCUGCACGCUCUGGGACCUGGUGCCGGCCGACGGCGCCGCCCUCUGGAGUCCGCAGGCCACGAACGCCUUCGCCAGCCUCGUGCGCGGGGAGGUUGUGGUGAUGACCACCAUCAACCAGCGCGACGCGCUGCGGGAGGUGGAGCUGCUCAAGAUGCCGAACAAGAACAUCAAGACGGACUCGCCGCAGUCGGUGCGCGACCACCUGGUCUUCAUCAGCCAGGCCAACUUCGUCGGCGCACCGGACAGGUGA